CGCGCGCGCACUGUAUACAGUUUUGGUCGAACGUUCACCAUCCGAUGACCACAAAAAAUGGCCCUCCAUCGAAGGAAUGGAACUCCUUUUGGAAAAGGAAAUCAUGACUUAAGACAAAAUGGAUCAGUAGCGUAUACCAAUGGACAUCAUAAAUCGAAUGGAACUGUUCUGACAGAUGAAACAGCGCAUCCCAAGGCCAGCAAGGUUGGGAAGAAGGACUUCUCUGAGUCUUUCGAGGAGGUAGAGCUAUUGACUGCCCUUGUAACAUACAUGAGUUACAUCAUCCUAGCUUUAGUGGGUUAUUGCCGGGACAUCCUGAUGAGACUGGGAAUAGAUAAGGAUAAAGCUGCCCAAGAGUCACCAAAGCUUAAGGCUUUCACUCCAUUAUACCAAGACUUUGACAGUUUCUUCACUCGUCACAUGUACCGAAAGGUACGAGACAACUGGAAUGUCCCCAUUGCUGGUUUGCCCGGUGCAGAGUCAGAUCUGCUGGAAAGAUACAGCGAUGAUAAUUUUUGGUCAUUCAAGCUCACCGGUACUACAAGGAAGGUGAUCAACAUUGGUUCAUACAAUUAUCUAGGGUUUGCAGAAAACCAUGGCCCACGAUCAGAUGCAGUUGUAGCUAGCACACAGUACUACGGCAAUGGAGUUUGUAGCUCCAGACAAGAAUUAGGUACUCUUGCUCUCACGGUAGAACUGGAGAAGCUUGUAGCAGAGUUCUUAGGUCAAGAGGAUGCUAUCACAUUCGGCAUGGGUUUCGCUACCAACUCACUCAACAUUCCAAGUAUUAUGGGCAGGGGCUGCCUGAUUGUCAGUGACAGACUGAAUCACGCCUCACUGGUUCUGGGAGUAAGGCUAUCAGGUGCCACUGUCAAAGUGUUUGAACACAAUAAUAUGGAGAGCUUAGAGAAGUUAUUGAAGAUGGCCAUUGCUGAGGGACAACCAAGGACGCAUAGGCCAUGGAAGAAGAUUCUUAUCAUCGUUGAAGGAAUUUACAGUAUGGAAGGGUCGAUUGUAAAGUUACCUGAGGUGAUCGCCAUCAAGAAGAAGUACAAGUGUUACCUAUACCUUGAUGAGGCGCACAGCAUCGGAGCCCUGGGACCCACUGGCCGAGGGGUGGUGGAGUACUUUGGUUUGGAUUAUCGGGACGUUGACGUCAUGAUGGGAACAUUCACCAAGAGUUUCGGCGGAUCUGGAGGUUACAUCGCCGGGUCAAAGGAGUUGGUAGAUUACAUCAGGGUGAACUCCCACAGUGCUACCUAUGCCAGCUCGACCAGUGCACCGGUGGUAGAACAGGUCCUGAGUACACUCAAGACUAUCAUGGGAAGGGAUGGUACCACUGUAGGACAAGAUAGAGUAGAGGCAUUGAAGAGGAACACACAAUACUUCAGGAGGCGUUUGAGGGAGAUGGGCUUUGUUGUGUAUGGCAAUGAUGAUUCCCCUGUCGUACCUGUUCUCAUGUAUCUUCCAGCAAAGAUGACGUGUUUUGCCAGGGAGUGCCGCAAGCGAGGCCUUGCCGUCGUGAUAGUGGGUUUCCCUGCCACGCCCAUCAUUGAAGGCCGAGCAAGAAUCUGCCUUUCGGCUGCACAUACCAGACAGAUGCUAGAUGAGGCCUUAAAGAUAAUGGAUGAAGUCGGUGAAGAGCUGGGUGUGAAGUACUCCAGGCACCCAUUACCUCCACUGACUGACAAAUCAAAGAUGGAGUAAAAUACAACAACAAUUAUUUGCCUUCUUCAAACCCCACGCCUACACAAGGAUGCAUUAUUACACCCACCAAAUAUAUUAAUGUUUGCAAUUUCAGGAAUAUAUUAUUACACACAUCAGUGCUUCAAAUUUUAUAUGAUUUUAUUUUGAGUAAUUUGUUAAAUAUAAAAUUUCUGCCUUGAUGUUGAUUCUAGCACUGCUAAAGUCUGUAAAAUAUUUGUAAUUCAUAUACCUAGGAUUUGUGUUAGAGAUGUCUGCAAGUGCACAGUGAGUGCUUUGAUUUUUGUUUGAUUUUAUCUUCUUUUGACAUAAGAUCAUUUGGACUAAAGAUAAUUUCUGUAAAUAUAAAAUUAUUUGUCUUUGAUUUAUUAUGUAAGCACUGUUAUUAAGUCUGACUGCAAUUUUUUUUCAACCGAUAACCUAGGAUUCAUGUUAGAGAUAAACCAAUAUAUAUUGUAUCUGGGGUCAAAGGUCACAUGUCAAGAGGUCACAAGUCAAGUAGCAAGAAACUAUACAUAUUGACGGUCUUGUUAUCCCCGAUCUCCUGAAAUCAUGUCAGGGCCCUUUACAUAAUACAGUGUUGAUCUUAUUAUUGCUCCCUGUUUAUGUGCAAAAUCGCAGGGCCACGUUUUAUCAAACUUGUUAUUUAUGACAAGAUCCAAUAAUUGUUAAGCUUCUGAAAUCCUUGCAUUUGACAGCUGUGAGCAGAUUUAUUUUAGAUAAAUAUAAGUAUUGAACACUUUACAUGAACAUGCAUCAAUAUGUGGCACACUGCUUAAAUGACGAAUUAGAUGAAUUGAGUAAUAUCUACUUAGUACUACUUAAAUUAGAAUGCUGCCUUACAAACUAUGUACAGAGAAACCAUUUUUGUGUGAGGUUCUUUCACAUUUAAAAGUACUUUUAACUAUAGCUUUGUGCGUGAAGAGGUCGUUCUUUCAUCUUUGUUCAUCAGUUGGGACAUACUAUUCUGUAUUCGGUAACUUUAUAUCAUAUUUUUUGCAAUAAACUUGUCACAAGGAUUAUUCGGAAGUUGCAUCCCAGUGACACUUAUAACAUAAGACAAGCACCGGUGUGACACCUAACCUAACCAAAAAAUUACAUUGCCCUGAAUGGCCAAUAAUCAGUCGGUGUGGAGUCCAUGUUGAGUAAGGUUCAGCAGUGUACUUGGUGUUUAUUGCCAAACUGAUGGCUCAUAAGGCAUUGGACGUUCAUAUAAUAACCUUUUUACUGAAUUCAAUAUCAAACAUGUAUCGCAGGACAGAAUAAUAUCGUCUUUCACAAUUUCUGUAUAUAUCGACUCACUGUGUGCAUAGAGUACUUUGAUGGUUUUAGCUCUCUAGGUGUGUAGGACAUUGUGAUAUUUGAUGUGCUGUUGAUGCCUUCUAUUUUACUGUAUAAAAGUUUUGUCGAGGCUUGCAUUAAGGUGUUAACUCUCUCCUUAGGCUCCCUCAUAUAAGUGUAUCACCAUCUAUUUCCACAACCAUUGUCUUUCCACACAUACUUUACACAUUCCUGUGGUGACUGAUGGGGACUAAAAGUACAUAGCCUUAUUAUUUCAAUGUUUUUAUGCCUCUGCUACCGAAGGUGGUGCCAGAUGCAUUAUGUUUUAGAGUUGUCCAUCCGUUCCGUUUUUCGUUACCGCGAUAACUCAAGAACCAUUGAGCGGAUUUGAACCAAACUAGUAUCAAGGAUAAGCUGAUUAUAUUUUGGGCGGAAAAGGUCAAAGGUCAUGUGAUCUGAUGGUCAUGAAGGUGUUAACAACAACCAAAGAAUAUCUUUUUACUGCAAUAACUUGAAAAGCAUUGAAGCAAUUAAAUCCAAACUUGGAUAGAGUAUGUAUUCAGUGAUAUAUAAUUUCACAGCACUUAUGGUUAUAAGCUCCUUGUUAAAGUGUGCAGAAGGCAGAAUUGCACGGAGGGGGGGGGGGGGUAUAAUUGUUGAUUGCACGCCAUCAAAUAGCUUUCGUUUAACCUCUUUUUCAGGCCUUAUGGUACCAGCAUCAGCUAGUAGCGGUGUCAUGCAUGGUUUCUUUGCUCUGUAAAUACCCAGAUUAGUAUUGCUAUGAUGCAAACAAGUUAUUAAACAAAUAUCAUAAAUGAGAUUUCAUUCAACACGUACUUAAUCAUGGUUUAUAUUUACUUUGUGCUAUGAUAUCAAACUUUAUAUGUCAUGAGCCUGUAAAGACAACAUUUUUUUCUCCCAAAAUAGACAGAGGUAUAUUAGAAUUUGGUUGUUAAAAUUGCGUUUGUCACUAAAAGGAUAAAUGAAAUCAUGGUGUGAAAAGACUAUUCUAAAUAAAUUAUGUCUAAUAUGUUCACUGUCAAAAUAGCAUAGAAAGUAAACAUUUAGGUACCGGUGUUCACUUUUGUCUUGCUGAGAGUUCUUCUGCAGUGGUUUUAUUUAUAUAAAAUGUAUAGAGUGUGUAUAUAAUGUUGCAAAUAGUUUGACAUUUAAAUGUAGAUUCUUAUCCGAGAUCAGGAUUUGUUAUUGCAAACUUAGUGUAGAUGGCCUUUUUCAUUGGUUCAUCUUCAAUUUGGUUGAAAGUACUAGACGAGAACAAUACUAUUGAAUUUAAGUAACAAAUGAUGCAAUUUUUUUUCGUCUUUAGUUGCAUCUGUAACAAUUUUUUUGUAUUGCAAAAAGGUAGUAUAUAUUCCAAGCAAGAUGCAAAUCUUCUAAAGAGAAUCGAGGGCCAGAAUGGCAUAACUCAUAUACUUAAAGUUAGUUAUUACUAGUAGUACUAUCCAAGAUGCCUUGAUACGAAAUGGAGUGGAAAGAUUCCAACACUGUGGUCUAGUGGACUCAGCAAAUAAAUGUGUUAAUGAUGGUAUAAUUGUUUAGCAAUAUGCCUGAACUUCACUUCUUAUGAUAUCACGAUUGAGGAAGUUUAUACAGACUUUUGUGUAAUGAUCAUUCUGACAGUCAUUAGAUAGUACUUUUGUAAAAAAUUAUUGUUAGAAAAGUGUAAAAAUUAUUUUUGUGUCUGAAGAAGUUUUUUGAAAGGCGAAGAGUAAAUGUGUUUGUAGUUCAGUGCCUUUGUACUAGUAGUCUUUUGCAGGUGGAAAACUUAAAUGAACAUAUUAUAUUCUCUCAUGUACAUGGUGUCAUUUAGAUAAUUGAUUGAAAUACAUUUUGUCAGCUUUGAUCUCAUAUUAGUUAUUUAAAGAGCAGUACUUUUUGAGAAGUAGCAAUUCAUGUCUAUUUAUUUUGUAUUCAUUCAUGUAGAUCUACCGCUACAGUUCAAGUGGAAUAUGAUUCAUUGAUUGGAUUAAUUACAUAGUGCUUUCGCUGUCAUUCCAUAUAUUUUUUUGAGCUUUUCAAAGCAUUUGUUUCUUUGGUACUGUAACAUUGUGAUAAGAAGAAAUUUUGUAUUUAGAGCUUUGUGUUUUAUGAGGGGAAAAUAUGUUGGGUUUCUUUUUACCAAGCAGCAAUCUUAUGUUAAAAACCCUAAACAUUUAAAUUAUUUUCUACUACAUGAUAAAUUUUGUUAGAUGUUGAGUCUUCUUUGCUGCGUCAUGUGCAGAUAUUAGAUGAAAGGAUAUUACAUUUAUUCUACUUAUAUUAAAGUUCAGGUAAUUUUUUCAACAACAAACUCUAAAUGCCUUCAGUAAAAUUUUGCAAACACUUUCAAUCACAUCCUUAUCCAGUGAUUGGCUGUGAGAAAGAAAAAAAAUUAUGUUCUCUCUUUCAGGAUGUUCCCCAAAGUACUAUAUUUCUACUUUGUAACGAUACCACAAGAUGCAUGUUUUGGGGCAUGCAUAAGUGCUUAUGGCAAAUUCAUCUAUUGUAAUGCUACAUGUAUGUUUUUAAUGAUUUGAAUGUGUGAAAACAACCCUCCAUUUAUCCUUACAUGCCUUACAUUUUGGUAUUUUGAUAUUUAAUCAUUCUUUAUUACAUAUGAUGUAUAAUAUUUGCAGGUGAUGUCUUUUUGGGUAAUUUGAAAUCAUUUUAUAUGAGUAUAUGAUAUAUUUACUAUGGAUUACGUUACUCUAAUCAUAUUCUAUUUGUAAUGGUUUUGGAUUGCAAGUGGUGGCAGGGUGUGAAGUUAUGAUUUUUUUUUUUUCAUUUUCAAUAUAUAUAUAUUUUUUUUGCUUUAAUAUUAUUGUUAACCCUUGGCUGUAUGAUGAAACCAUAAAUUAGAAUAAUGUUGAAACAAUAAACAGAAAUAUGGAAUGAUUGAGCAUGUGCGUGUAUCAAGUUUGCUCCUUUUUACCCUCCUCGUUAUCAAGCUAUGAUAACUGUAUAUCAUUCCGCUUAGUAUUUCCAUCCAAAUCAUUCCAAAAUCUACCAAAGGGAAAUUUUACAUCCCAUCUUUCAGUUAGCCUUUGCUUUGUUUUGUUAUUUGUUAGUAGAUUGUUUAUGUUUGCAUCAUUUUACAGGCAAAUUUUAGUUUUUUGUAAAAUAGUCUUUACUUUCAUUUUUUUUCUUCAGAGAUGCUUAAAUCAUCCAUGAUUAUUUUUUAACUGCUAUCGUUGCUGGGUAUUUGGUUACAGACAAACAAAAUGUAUUAUCAAUCUUAAGUACAUCAGCGAUUGUUUUUAACUGCUGUCAUUCCUGGGUAUUUGUGUACUGAAAAUAUGAAUCAUCAAUAAUUAUUGAUUUGAUAAGACACACUUCAAACUUUUUUAAUGGUUUUGAGGGGAAGGAUGAAUGUUAUGGUAGAUUUAUUAUUUUGAGAAUGACCAAUAUAUAGCAUUAGUGGAUAAUGUGUAAUAUUAUGGUGUAAUCACAUCUAGUUUGAACUUUGAAAUAUGCAUAACCUUUGCGCUUGAAUAAUAAUAUUUGCUUGAAUGUGAAAAUGGAAUUGUAAAAAGUAAGCUGUAUUUCAUAUGUGCCAUACUCUAUACAAAUUAUUCAAAAUUUGAGAAACAAUUUCAAACCAGUGGUAAUCUAAUAUAUUUGCUGUUUCAACCCUAACGACCCAUUCAGGUAAUGAUUUCUAGAUAUUUAUAUACUUUUUUGCUUUCAUUUCGUCUCUUGUAUGUAAACACAUUGCACAUUAUUAUGGUUUUAUGAAGUAUAUUAGACGUCAUUGACACCGAGUCAGAUUUUAUUAUCAAGUAUUUCUGUAUGAUGGGUUAUUCGUUUACUUUUGUAAUGUCAUUUUUCUCAUUUCUUUGAAUGAUACAUAUUUCUUGACACAAGAUAUAUCUUUCUUCUGUAUGGUGUGUCAAUAAAGGUAUUUAUGCAAGGGAUUCUAA